UCGAAUCAAUGGCUACACCGGACCACUUGUUCAACCUCCGCAACAACUUCUACCUUGGUGCAUACCAAGCUGCAAUCAACAGCAGCGACGUUAACAACCUCUCUGAAGACGACGCCGUCGAGCGAGAUACUCUCGUCCACCGUUGCUACAUCGCCCUCGGCCAGUUGCAGUUCGUUAUCACCGAGAUCCACGCCGAUGCUCCCACUCCUCUCCAGGCCGUCAAGCUCCUCGCCCUCUACUUCUCCUCCCCCGAUAACAAGGAAUCUGCGAUCUCGAGCCUCAAGGAGUUGCUGGAAGAUCCUGCCAUCGGGAACAACACUGCCUUGAGGUUGAUCGCCGGGAUCGUCUUCUUGCACGAACAAGACUUCAACGAGGCACUCAAGUACACCAAUGCUGGAGGAACCAUGGAAUUGCACGCGUUGAAUGUGCAAAUCUUUAUUAAGAUGCAUAGGUCGGAUUAUGCUGAGAGACAGCUCAGGAUCAUGCAGCAGAUUGAUGAGGAUCACACCCUCACACAACUCGCCAAUGCAUGGCUAGAUUUGGCUGUGGGUGGGUCGAAGAUCCAGGAGGCGCAUCUGAUCUUCCAAGAUUUGUCUGAGAGAUAUCAGUCGACCAGUUUGCUCUUGAAUGGGAAGGCUGUUUGCUGCAUGCACAUGGGCAACUUCGAUGAAGCUGAGACUCUUUUGGUCGAAGCGCUUAACAAGGAUGCCAGGGAUCCGGAAACUCUAGCCAAUCUAGUUGUAUGCUGUCUUCACCUUGGCAAACCAUCUUCUAAGUCAUUCAGCCAACUGAAACUUUCUCACCCAGACCAUGUACUGGUCAAACGGGUGUCAGCAGCCGAAGAAAGCUUUGAUAGAGCACUACAAUCAUUUUCUUCUUGAUUUGAUGAUUCAAUUUCUUUUAGGAGUUGGAUGGUGUGAGGUCUUCCCAUGCAAUUUUUAUACCUUAUCGUGGCUAUUGUAUUGGGUGUGUGACUUAGAACACAAUCAGUUGAUUAAUGUGUCAUAGGAUUCAAAUUUUAUAAGAAUGUUUGGUUUACUUGAGUCUUCAUGUUGCAAAAGCUACAGCUGAUAUUAAUUUUAAAUCAAGUUCAUUUACAUCAUAUAUUU